AACGGAAUAAUCGAGAAUCUGACGUCAGUCAGUAUAUGCUCAAAGAUGUCUGCGCAUGAAUAUACAAUUUUAGGUGGUGGUCGAAGCAUCCGUCCACUGGGAUAGCCUCGAGAGUAUAACGUCUGAUAAGACAAGCGAUGGGUGUCUGUAAUUGUUCAAUUGAAUAUCCAGAUUUCAUGAAAUCAACGACUAUAAAGCUGAAAUUUACAUGUGUAAAGUGAAACACAAGGAAGAUCGCUAAGGAGUAUACUUGAAGAAGACUGAGGGGCAUUCCGGGGGCAAGGAAACAAGAAAGUAGUCGCUUCGCGUUAUAUUACGUAUUGUGCAUGGACACUACUCUAAAAUUAAAAUUUCGAUUUUAAACCUAGCCAAGAAACAGUUCAACAUCAUUUCAGUAAAUUCAUUGAGAAUUUAUUUGAAACAAAAGAAGUAAAAUCAACAUUUAGAAUACUUUCAAAGUUUUUUUUGCUGCAAAUCAAUUGAUAGAAAGAAAAUUUCGGUAAGAUUGAAAGGAUAUAUCACCAAGGGUAUCAAUUACAUGAAAACAUAAUAGGUGUAUGUAAAUUGUGAUUUUAGAAGCGUGCUAAGACCAUCUGAUUAAUGAAAAACCAGUAUCAAAACUAAGUGGUUAAACUUUUGUUAUCAGUGAAAGAAAACGGUGGUCGUUUUAGUUAUACUUGACUCGAAAGAGACCAGACUGUGAUAUACUAUACAGCUAUUUUAAAAUCUAAAACAGAAUGGAGGCGAUUGCGAAGCACGAUUUCACUGCUACAGCUGAAGAUGAACUCAGUUUUCGAAGGAAUCAAGUUUUAAAGAUUCUCAAUAUGGAGGCUGAUAUGAAUUGGUACAGAGCAGAGUUAGAUUCCAGAGAAGGAUUAAUUCCCAGUAAUUACAUUGAAAUGAAAAAUCACGAUUGGUACUAUGGAAGAAUAACGAGAGCAGAUGCGGAGAGAUUAUUAUCAAAUAAGCACGAGGGUGCCUUUUUGAUCAGAAUUAGUGAAAGUUCCCCUGGAGAUUUUUCUUUAUCAGUAAAAUGCUCGGAUGGCGUUCAACAUUUCAAAGUGUUGAGAGAUGCACAAGGAAAGUUUUUCCUCUGGGUAGUCAAGUUUAGUAGCCUCAAUGAAUUAGUAGAGUAUCAUCGUACAGCGUCAGUUUCACGUUCACAAGACGUAAAAUUACGUGAUAUGGUUCCUGAAGAGUACUUAGUGCAAGCUUUAUAUGAUUUUACGCCACAAGAACCAGGUGAAUUAGAAUUUAGAAGAGGCGACGUUAUUACUGUAACAGAUCAUACAGACAAGAACUGGUGGCAUGGAGCAAUUGGAAAUAGACGGGGAUUGUUUCCAUCAGCUUAUGUUACGCCUUAUCAUUCUUAGAUUAUUUUUUAUAUUCGUAAAGGACCACGUUAAUUACUAUUAACAUGUACAAAAUCAAGUAAAUCUGAAAUUAUUGGAAGAUAUUAAUUUCUCAUUGAGUGGGCUACUUGAAUGUAUAUCAGUAAAUAUCAUUCACAACAAAAAAUACUAAAAGAUUCACAUUUCAUUGCCAUUCUGUUGCCAUUUUAUUUCAUUUUUAACGCAAUGCAUAUGUAUAAUAUCUAAUUAUUGUUUUUAUUAUAAUUAUAAUUAUCAUUAUUAUUAAAUAAUCGUUAUCCUUAUCAAUAUCGUCAUUAUUAUCAUUAUUACUAUCAACAUCAAUAAGAUGAUCAUUAUUAUUGAUCAUUUAAUGAACUACUCAAUCAAUAAUUAAAACUAGCUUAUAUGAAUAAUUUUUUCUUCCAACUUUUGUUCAUAUUCAAUUCUGUGGUUAUUAUUAUCCUAACGUUGAAUUUCUUAAUUAUUGUAAUAUAUGUAUACGAAGUAAUUUUGUACUUUUUUAUGUGUGAACAACCCAUGUUCCAUAGUAAAUUUUAAUCGUUGUGUCACACAAGACAUUAAAGCGUUCGAAAUGUUUUUUUUUUCAAUCUUUAUUAUGAUUAUGAUUAUAUAGAACAAUUAAUUGUAGCCCACCAUGAGUGUGAAUCGAGUUGAAAGAUUUUAUUUUAAAAUUUUAUAUUAAUACAUGUAAGUGUUGUACUUUGAAUAGAAGAGCAUUUGUUUGUAUUUGGGAAUUAAAAUAGGUAUUAGACCAAGAAAA